GCCAGCAUUGUGUCGCUGUCCGUGGUGCUGAUGUGAGUAUAGCUGCGAGUUGGCUUGUACUGCUGGUGCUGGAGGAGUGAGCGACAGAGCCACAUCGCAUCUAUCCUCCUUAACAAGGGAGAAGCAGAAAGCACAGCCAACAGAACGGGAGAAGGGGGAGCUGCCGCGCUGAUUGCUUUUGUUGUUUGUUUGCUUUUGUUUCUUGGAGGGAGAAAGGGGGUGUCUCGCAUCCUUUAUGCACAGUACAUUGUUCCAGCUCAUUCAGAGAAAACAGGCAUUUGAGUUUAGAAAGCAUGGCCUGCCGCUGCCAGUGAAAGGCAUGGAAGCGAAACAGCAUACCAUAAAGAGCCUUAAAAGCUACCCGGAGGCUGGGGGCAGGAGCCUGGCCGCGGCCGCGGGUGGGGACAGCUUCCGUGCCAAAGCAGAGCUGGAAAUGGAGUCCAAAAUCGAAAAGGCGGUCGAGUUUAAGGUGGAGGGCAACCGCUGCUACAAGGAGAAAAAAUUUCGGGAGGCGAUUGGGAAGUACCACCGGGCUCUGCUGCAGCUCAAAGGGGUGCACGCCGGGGAAGGGACGACGGGAUCCGAUGUGAAUCUGCUCAGCAAAGCCAACAACAAGCUGACCGAGGAUCAGCAGAGGCUGGUUGAAAGUACGGAGAUGGAGUGUUAUGACAGCUUGACUGCAUGUUUACUGCAGUCGGAGCUGGUGAACUAUGAGCGCGUGAAGGAGUACUGUCUGAAGGUCCUGGGAAAACAGAAAGAUAACUUCAAAGCCACGUACCGAGCAGGCAUUGCCUUCUACCACCUGGGAGACUACGACAACGCCCUGCUCUACCUGAAAGAAGCAAAGAGACGAGAGCCCACGGAUACGAAUGUGUUGCGAUACAUCCAGUUGACAGAGAUGAAGAUGAACAAGUGUAACCAGAGGGAGAGAGAGUGCAGUAAAGAAGCACUGGGCUAGCUGCCAGACCCAAAACCCAUGACUUCCAGACUGUUUCGCUGUUUUUGCGAGGACUCUGGCACAUGACCUCAUGUUGCUACAGCCAUGGGGGGAAAGUCAGGACCCUCUUCUUGGCAGAUCAGCGAAACUUUCACAACAGGAGCCAAAAAAACAAAACUAAAUAAAGGAACACCGCAUCCCAUUAUACAAAUCAUGUAUGUUGCUUUUUUUAUUUUUUAAACUAGACCGCUUAUCAACUGGGGCACCUUGGGACAAAUGCAAUAGAUGUCUGUACUCUAGGAAUAAGUCAAGUAAUGUUAUAUUGCUAGUGCACUAAGAUUUUCAAAUAGCAAUUUAUAUAGUUGUCUGGUGUUAGCGAAUAGUGUAUCUUUCUAUAGUUCAAAAUGCAAGAUGGAAAGCAAUUAGGCGAACUGAUGUGGGCUAAAUGGGUUUUAUUUUCCUCGCCCUUUAUUAAUAAGCUUAAAAUUGUCAUUUCUUUGGGGCUAAGUGGUGCAAACUGCAAGCUAAUUCAUUGUCCUCUCAAGCCUUUUAUCAGAACUUCAGAUUCCAAUGUUUUUCACGUUUUUGCUACAAACAGAGCUUGCACAUGACAUCCAUAACCGCCAGCCGCUGCAGGUAGUUUCAAGAGCGCGCUGCCUAGGACUGGACUGACUUCCUCACUCCAUUCAAACCAUAUGACAAAAAUGACCUUUCAAGCUGGUUCCACCUACUCACUCUUUUUAUAUGUAGCACAGGUUGAGCCAGCAGAGUUGAAGGGUUGAAUUGAAUGAGGAAGGCAGUUCAGUGCUGGCCAGCCCCCCCCCCCUCCCAGACAAGCUGAAAGCAAGGGCAACAUGAGGGAAGACAGAUAUUGAGAACCGUGAUAUUAACUCAAUACUGGAGCAUCAGAACCACUCUCACUGAUUGCAAACUUCAUAAAAAGAAGUGACAGGCAGCACAAAUAACUCAAAUACUCUAGAAGCUGCGUUAGCUUGUGUAUGAUACUGCUAAGCUAAUUUACUGCAUAAGGUAUUCUAACAGAUUUAAAACCAGUUUUAGUUUAGUUUCCCACAUUUAUCUUAGGAAUACUCUUGAAAUAAGUCCAAGUGGUGCUGAUAAUAGAAGGAGACGCUGUGUUAGUGAUGCAUAACAGAUUUAAAAUGUAUUUGAAUUGUUACCCAUCGUGUCUAAGCAGCCAGUGUUCUGCACUUUAGGGAUCUUUAAGACUUUCAAAAUCACCAUUGCUGAUGUUUAUUUUUUCUGGUAAAAUGCAGAACAAAGAACAGUUUAAAACGGUUUACUCUAUGAUGUACUGUUUGGCCAGCACAGGGUUCUUCAAUAAUGUCAAUAUUUAAGUUGAAAACAGUGCAAAACAUUUUGCAUGAAUCAUGAAUCACCUGUAUAUUUUUAUCCUGCUUCAAAGUGAUAUAUUUAAUUCAAUGUGGAUGUUUGCCCUCCUCUGUUUUAACGUUGUAAUUGAAUAUGGAUGUCUGCCCUCCUCAUCUGAACUUUGUCUGUAAUUCAAUGUGGAUGUAUGCCCUUCUCAGACUGUCAGCCCCAGUUUGUGAGACGGUCUUGUCUUCUAUUCAACAGCAGUAGUUGUCUGGCUGUCAGAGUCUCUCAGCAAUAGCUGCCUCUAACAAGGCUGGGGCUGACCUCUUUUUGUGCGAUGUGCAGGGUGAGUCUACUGAUUGUCUUAUUCAGACUGCUGGCGUUUGCACCCUGGACAGUUCUUUGCAGUCAGUUAACCAUACAAAUGAGCUGUCUCUGUGACAGUAAUAGCACUUCCUGAAUGAAACAUUUUAGGAGAGUAUCGUUCGAGUGCAAACACACAUGGCAGUUGCGUGCAUGAGGUGUCUUUUUGUAUUGUGCCUAUUUGGCAAACUAUGUGAAGUGACCCACACUAAGAGAAGCCCUUUGAUUUUCAAUAAAAACUGCUAUACUCCAGCUUU